UACUAUCUAGCGAAAGUGUUCUCGCGGGCUCGCGGGUGACUCUCCUGACUGUCAAUAUUGUCAAAGGCACGCGCAGGGCUUUGCCUCCCGGUGACGCGGACGCGCGGAGCCAAAGUGUGGUGUGACAACGGUGAAGUUGCGCCGAUUGGUUCUUGUGUUGGAUCGUCAGAGCUGCUCGUCGCGCCAAGCGAGCUGCCACGGCGACUCUCUCAUGAUCUCAUCCGCUCUGCUUCUCCACUCGACCACUCCGCCGGCAGCGCGGGCCAUGACGACGCCCUCCCGCCGACUCCUCCUGCUGCUGCCGCUCCUCGCCGUCGCCGUGGCGGCGUCUCAUCCGCCGCACGAGUUCUGCGCGGCGGGGGGUGACGCCGGCUGCGGCGGCGGAGGGGACGGCGCGAGGAUCCUGAUCAAGGGCGGCACGGUGGUGAACGCGCACCGGGCGGAGGCCGCCGACGUCUACAUCGAGGACGGCGUCGUCGUCGCCGUCCGGCCCAACAUCCCGGUCGGUGAUGAUAAUGUAAAGGUGAUCGACGCAACUGGAAAAUAUGUUAUGCCAGGUGGAAUUGACCCUCACACGCACUUGGCAAUGGAGUUCAUGGGCACCGUGACCAUAGAUGACUUCUUCAGUGGGCAUGCUGCUGCACUGGCUGGUGGGACGACGAUGCACAUUGACUUUGUCAUUCCUGUGAACGGCAAUUUGACUGCAGGCUUGGAGUCCUACAAGCAGAAAGCAGCAAAUGCUGCCAUGGAUUAUGGCUUUCACAUGGCCAUUACCAAGUGGAAUGACGAGGUUGCAAGGGAAAUGGAAGUGAUGGUUAAGGAACAUGGGAUCAAUUCUUUCAAGUUCUUCAUGGCAUAUAAGGGGUCCUUGAUGGUCACUGAUGACCUCCUCCUGCAAGGCCUACAGAAAUGCAAGUCGCUUGGUGCCCUGGCUAUGGUUCAUGCAGAGAAUGGGGAUGCUGUCGCCGAAGGACAACAGCGGAUGAUCGACCUUGGGAUAACUGGUCCAGAAGGGCAUGCUCUCUCACGACCACCAAUUUUGGAAGGAGAAGCAACUGCACGGGCAAUCCGCUUAGCAAAAUUCAUCAAUACGCCACUGUACGUUGUUCAUGUGAUGAGCAUUGAUGCAAUGGAGGAGAUUGCCAAGGCUAAAAGAGAAGGGCAGAGAGUUAUUGGUGAACCAGUGGUUUCUGGACUAGUUCUUGAUGAUUCUUGGCUUUGGAAUCCUGACUUCACAAUUGCUUCAAAGUAUGUGAUGAGUCCUCCAAUCCGGGAAGCAGGGCACGGUAAAGCACUCCAAGCUGCUCUUUCAUCGGGAAUUUUACAGCUUGUAGGUACUGAUCACUGCACAUUCAAUUCCACACAGAAAGCAUUUGGCUCUGAUGAUUUUCGGAAGAUUCCCAAUGGUGUAAAUGGUCUGGAGGAACGGAUGCAUAUAAUUUGGGAUAGCAUGGUGGAGACUGGCAAGAUUUCUAUCACCGACUAUGUCAGAGUGACAAGCACGGAAUGUGCCAAGAUCUUCAACAUAUACCCUCGGAAAGGAGCAAUCCUUGAAGGAUCUGAUGCAGAUAUCAUCAUCCUAAACCCUGAAAGGAGCUUUAUUCUGGGUGCCCGCACACACCAUUCAAGGUCCAACACAAAUGUAUAUGAGGGCAGGAAAGGAAAGGGAAUGGUGGAAGUCACGAUAUCAAGGGGCCGAGUGGUAUGGGAGGAUGGUGUGCUGAAUAUCGCUCCUGGUUCAGGAAGAUACGUCAGGAUGCCACCUUUUGGCUACGUCUUUGAUGGCAUUGAGAAGUCAGAUGCAGCCUACAGAGCUUCCCUCCGAGCUCCUGUACAGCGUGGUAAAGCUGCUGCUUAACGAUGCCCUGCUCCAUCUAGUUCGAGACUGCCGCUUAACGAUGCCUUGCUCAUCUAGUUCGAGAACGAGCUGCUCCAAGGUGAACGCCGUUCGUUCCAUGUGUAUACAAAAAGAACAUUUUAUUUAAGUUCAGAUUCAGGAUAGGUAAAGGCCUUAACUUGCCUAUGUACAUCGAAAACAUUUGUGACCCAGAAAUUCACUGGUUCCUAUCAGUUUGUACAACUAGAAACUUGCUAUUCCAAUAAAUGGAAGGAAAAACUGGUUUCUACCACCAAA